GGCUUAUAUAUGGAUUUAUUGAAAAUUUACAGGACGGAUCACAUGGCUAUUGUGGUUUGAAUAGAGCUAGUGUAUAUAUAAAUAUGGGGGGUAUUGAUCAUUUUAUUUAACUCUGAGUUUCAUAUAACAUUGGGUUAAUUUAUCAGUCAAUCUGUGACACAAUAAGUUAGUGUAACAAGAUCCCUAGGGGUUUUGUUUAUCAUAAUUAUCUCUUUGUAACUAAAUGGACAAAAAGUGUUGUUUAGCUUACACAUGGCUCAGUCUGACUUCUAGAUUUCCACAGCAGGGGAUUCAUGCCUUUAAGUUUUGUUCUAAUCAUUGAAUAUGGAUCUAUAAUUUGAGGUUGAGUUUUACCCAGGUGAUCGUCACUGGACGUGGAAGCCCCUACAGCGUGCCUACAGACAACGCAGUUUACAGAAACAGAAACAAUCUAAGAUGGUUGACUCAAAACGAAGUGAAGCAAUAUUAAAAAACUUAGCUCAAGAAUUGCUCACGGAUGAAGAGUGCCUUAUAUUUAAGCAAGCUUUACAUCAUUUUCGUGUCUCGCAUUCUGUCCCCGCAUUGUGCCAACAACUUAGACAGGUGAUAAACACAACUCCAAAAAUUCUCCUUUUGGUAGAAUUAAGCAUGCGAAUGCCUUCAAACUUACAAGACGAUUUCCAUAGAUUAUGUUCAUUACAAUUUCCAAAUUAUGACUCAUAUCUAAAAAUAAUCACUAGUGGUAACGCAAAUGAAAUGCCACAUAUCAUUGCUCAAGAUAAUUCGGGAAAAAUUAAAGUUGUUUCGAGAGGAAGUGAGAAAAAACUGAUGAUGAAAUACAAUAAUCAAAAACAGACAUAUGAGUUACGUUCCUUGCCAGGGACCAGCAUUACGAGUGGUGUUUACAGCAAUGGAAGUGAUAGUGAUGAUGAUGAUUUUGAUGAAAUAGAGGCUUUGAAGGACAAUCAGGGUAAUGGUCGAGCAACUCCCAUUCACUUAGAAGGGAAGAAGAAUGUUCAUAAAGUGUUUUUGAAUCGUCAUGAGGACGGGAGUUUAGGGCUUGGUAUAACAGGAGGGAAGGAGUAUGGUACGGAACUGGUCAUCAAUGUGGUAGAAGAGGAAGGGCCAGCAGCCUCACAGGGUUUGCAAGUGGGUGAUAAGAUAUUGGAAGUGAAUGGGCACAAUUUUCACAACAUAACCCACGCAGAAGCUGUCAUGAUUAUGAGGAAUGCAUGGAACCUCAUUAUCCUCAUUGAAAGACCCAAUGAAAAUGAAGAAGAUACAGAUGAUGUUGACAGAGCUGUCUCAAGGAAACCCAUAAAGGAUCUUGAAAUUGUUGUGUAUCCCUCAAAUACCGGAAGACUUGGCUGUAUAACUCAAAGACUACCAUCAAGUGACUUGCUUGUACAGAGUGUGGAACUUAAUUCUUCAGCAGAGAAAGCUGGUUUACAAGUACAUGAUCUGAUAUAUAAGGUUGAUGGUGUGAGUGUCCGGGAGCUGUCGGAAAAACAAAUUGUUAUGCUUACAAAAGCCAAGAGAAUCAAUAUGAAUAUCAAACGCUAUGAAGGAGGAGAUAAUAUAGAUGGUCUUGAUGGGAACUUUCACUUACCAACCCCAAAUCAACCAUAUCGGAGAUCCGAAUCUGAGCCUCGGUCAGAUGGUGGCCGUCACCAUUCUUCAGAAUCGCACCACUCACGACAUCAUUCAAGUAAUCCUUCACCGCGAUAUGUGUCCAACUUUAGUUCAUAUAGUCCUCAUUCUACCCGACGAUUAGUAGAUCAUCCCGAGCAUUUAGUCUACGGCAAUAGACCUGUACGGGAAGCUAACUGGAUUAUUUCGCCAAAGCCUCGAGAACAUAGAUACACACAGAGGAGACAAGUUGUUAUGAGAGAAGCCAACCCACGUAUUUAUCAUAACAGAAGUCGAUCAGAAGAACGAUAUGAUAGUCGCUCACAUCCGAGAACUAUAGUUCGGGAAAUUAGUGUACCCAAUGCUGGUAAAUCGAGGUACAUUAGAAAUCGUUCUCAUUCCGCACAUAAAAAUACAAUACAGCGUGUACAUCAUGAAGAUAAUGUGAUAAGAGCCAUACAAAUGGGUCUAGAGAAACGACAACGUGCUGUCAGACUGUCACUCUAUCAGAUGCCCGACCCUGUCGACUACGAGUGGGAAAUUUAGCAAUAAUUCAACAACUAUAGCUGUGCUAUAGGCUACAUUAGAGUACACUUUAUAUUUGAUAUAAUUUACUAGUUUCAUAUUUAUAAGUUCAUAGUUUACAAACUAUACAUUAAGUAACUAGUACUUUUAGAAAAAAAAUAGCUUGAUGUAUAUCAUUGUCAAAUUGUAAUUGAAGCUCAUUGCAAUAUAUAUGAGUAUAUUGUGCUGAUAUUCCUGGUAUAUUAUGCUGAAUGAACAAUAUGUUAUGCAGAAUUUCUUGUGAUAUGCUAAGGUUGUGGUAUGCUGUGCUAGUAUUCUAAACUGAUAUGUUAUGCUGAUAUUUGUGAAUGUUACACUAUGACUUGAUGUAGUAUGUGAUACUAAUAUAAAUAUCAUAUUAUCUGAUAACAUUGUUUUUUUCUUGUUUUUUACAUUCUAGUGUGAUUUCUUGCGUUAAAAUUUAACAAUAUUAUGCAGACCUUGAAAAAUGUUAUGCUGACAUUAAAAAUGUUAUGCAUACAUUAAAUAAUGUUAUCCUGACAUGAAUAAUGUUAUGCUGAUUAUUAAUUAUUAUGCAUACAUCAAUAAUGUUAUGCAUACAUUCAAAAUGUUACGCUGACAUGAAAUAAUGUUAUGCUGACAUUAAAUAAUGUAAUGCUGACAUGGAAAAUGUUAUGCUGACAUGCAAUAAUGUUAUGCUGACAUGUAAUAAUGUUAUUCUAAGAUUAAAAACUGUUAUGCAUACAUGUAUAAUAUUUCAUGUUAUUCUGACAUUAAAUAAGGUUAUUCACACAAUGUUAUGCAAACAUUUUAUGCAAUGCAGAUAAUAUUAUGUUAGGCUGACAUUAAAUAAUUCUAUGCUGACUUGGAAUAAUGAUAUUCUGACAUUAGAUAAUGUUUUGCUGUUAUUGAGUGAUGUUAAAUUGACUUGCAUUAAGCUUAAUUAAUGUUUUAUAAUAUUAUGUAAUAUUAUGCUAACAUUGAAUGUUGCUAUACUUAUAUUUUAAUUUAAACCAUACAAAAUAAAGUUAUAGAAUUUUAUGCUACAAUGAAUAUUUUAAGACUAAAGUAAUGACUUGAAAUGAGACAAAGUUCCAAGUCAAGUUUAUAAAACUGUACAUUUUUACAUUAAAGAAGCUAUAGGGCUUGCUUAUAGAAUAUUGAUGGCUCUACUAUAUUCCAGCUUUACUGGUAGAGGGAGACCUCGGGGUGCCUGUUUGUGCCUGACAUAAUGCAUUUAGGGCCACCUGAGGUUUCCUUUUACCAGUAAAGUGGGAAAGUUGCUAUGCAGCCUUUAUAGGGUCAAUGUGACUUAAAACCCAACAAAACAGCAGCAUAAAGCUGUAUGUGCAAUUUAUAUGAUAUACUCAGAUUGUGACUUAAGAAGUUAUUUAUUUCAUUAGAACAUUUCAAAGUAUGAACAUUAAAGUGCUGCACCAUUCGUCAUGUUUAUAUAUAUAUUUCAAAAUAUUCUUUUAGAUUUUUUAUUAAUUGUUUAUAACUACCCAGAAAUCCUUUUGUUAUUUAUUCUGUCUCUUUUAUGUAAAAUGAUCAUUUUUUAAAAAUGGUGUAGAUUUGUUGUUAUUGUCAGUCAGGCAGAAGAGUUACAUGUAUUAUGAUGGUAUUAUAUUCAAAGGAACUUGGAAAUGGAACCACCUAUUGCGGCGCAUAUUUUUGAUUCUUAUAACUGUGCAUUUUUCCGAUACUGUAACUGCUUUUCUUUUUUUUUUUAAUGUUUCUCUUAUAUUUGAAUAUUUUAUCGUACUAUCAGAGUGUAUGGCAUCUAAAGAAUAUAAUAUCAAAUUAACAUGAGUUGCUUGUUUGAAAAUUGGCCAAGUUUGACAAUAUCAUAAAAAAAAAAUUUUUUAAAGGAGUAGAUUUAGUUAUGCUAAAUAUUUUGUAUUUUAUAAAACUUCAAUUUUUAAAAAAAAAAUGAAACAAUUUUCUGGGUGGACAUCUUUAGCUUGUUGAUAUAUAUAGAAAACAGUAAAGAUAAUAUGUCUGUUUGGUGCAAUAAAAUGUGCUUGAAGUAAAUUUGACCGAUUUUCAAACUAGCAGGUUAUAUCAAAUUUAAAUUAUAUCUUUAUUUAAAGACUACACACUCGUACAAGUAUGUACAGGAUUAAAAAUGCCCCUACCCAAGUUUCUAUGAUUUUUUUAUCUAACAUAAGUUAAGAUUGAAGGUAAUUUUAAUUUUAUUUCUGUUUCCUUUUAUCAAAUAAAAGAGUGUCUCAAACUUUUAGUCAGUUAGCGUCCAAUUUUCUUUACUGUUCACCUGUCUAUGUGCUUAAAUACUGUGUUUAGUGUAUAAAUUUAUUAUUCUAUAUCAGUUUUUUAAAAUAUGAUAAUUGUCAUUAUAUAAUGAUAAAUGCCCAUACCAACAUAAUUGUACAUGAUUAUUGACAUACCAAUAUGGAAAUCAUACUAAUGAUAGAUUUGUGACACAAACUAACAAUAAAGAAUUGUAACACACCUAAUUAAAUAAGAAUGUAAGAUUUGAGACACACAUUAACAAGUAAAACAUUUGUGACAAAAAUUGAUAAGUUGAACAUUUGUGACACACAUUGACAAGUUAAACAUUUGUGACACACAUUGACAAGUUAAACAUUUGUGACACACAUUGAUGAGUUAAACAUUUGUGACACACAUCGAAAAAGUUAAACAUUUGUGACACACAUUGACAAGUAAAACAUUUGUGACACACAUUGACAAGUAAAACAUUUGUGACACACAUUGAUGAGUUAAACAUUUGUGACACACAUUGAUGAGUUAAACAUUUGUGACACACAUUGACAAGUUAAACAUUUGUGACACACAUUGACAAGUAAAACAUUUGUGACACACAUUGACAAGUAAAACAUUUGUGACACACAUCGAAAAGUUAAACAUUUGUGACACACAUUGACAAGUUAAACAUUUGUGACACACAUUGACAAGUUAAACAUUUGUGACACACAUUGACAAGUUAAACAUUUGUGACACACAUUGACAAGUUAAACAUUUGUGACACACAUUGACAAGUAAAACAUUUGUGACAAACAUUGAUAAGUUAAACAUUUGUGACACACAUUGAAAAAUGUUAAACAUUUGUGACACACAUUGAUGAGUUAAACAUUUGUGACACAGAUUGACAAGUUAAACAUUUGUGACACACAUUGAUGAGUUAAACAUUUGUGACACACUUUGACAAGUUAAACAUUUGUGACACACAUUGACAAGUAAACAUUUGUAUUACACAUUGACAAGUAAAACAUUUGUGACACACAUUGACAAGUAAAACAUUUGUGACACACUUUGACAAGUAAAACAUUUGAGACACACAUUGACAAGUAAAACAUUUGUAUUACACAUUGACAAGUAAAACAUUUGUGACACACAUUGACAAGUAAAACAUUUGUAUUACACAUUGACAAGUAAAACAUUUGUGAAACAUUUGUGACACACAUUGACAAGUAAAACAUUUGUAUUACAAAUUGACAGGUAAAGCAUUUGUGACACACAUUGACAAGUUAAAACAUUUGUGACACACAUUGCCAAGUAAAACAUUUGUGACACACAUUGACAAGUAAAACAUUUGUGACAUACAUUGACAAAUAAAACAUUUGUGAAAUUCACUGACAUGAAAUCAUAUUUUGUAAUUGCCCAUUUUCAAUUUUGGGAUAUCAAGAUGAAAAAUAACACAGCCAACUGUAUUAAGCACAGAUGUGCAUACUGGUUGGGCACUAUACUGGUGGCAAAUGCUCAUCAUUGUUAACUAAUUCCUGCAGGUUAAAGGCUAAGAAAGAUGAGCAUUUGAUGACUGUAAAUUAGUUUAUUUAAAAAACAUUAGCAAUAUCAAGUAUAAUUCAUUUCAUAGGUUGAAUAAAAUACUCAGUAAAUUAUCAUACACUUCAAACAUGUAUACAGGGUAUGCAUAGAUUUUUAUGUUCAAAUAAAUAUGAUAAUAAUGUGUUCUCUUCUAAUCAAAAUUAUUUAUUUAGAGCUUUCUCUUGAACAAUCAUGAGCUACAUAUUUUAAUGCUUUUUUCUUAUUCGUUCCACUGCCAAUUCUAUUUACUUGUCAUAUUAUCUCCCUUGAACUAUCCUUGUGCCAUUACCGUCACUGGUUGUCUCCCUUUCUUCAUGUAAAAUAAAGUAUAUAAAAGAUUCUUCCAAAAUACUUACCUACUUUAAAAUGUAUACCUGUUAUGACAGAGAGGCCACCCAAGCACGUUAUAUAAUCUAUAAAUAGCUUUGAAAUGCCUUUUUCUCCGAGUUGUUCAGACUGCAAAAAUUAUAUAUAUUAUAAUUAUAUUCAACCUUUUUUCCCCUUAAAAUAUAUUUAGUUUUUUCUUUAAAAAUAAAUAUUCUGAAAAUUCACCUAAAUACCUAAUGAUAUGACUUGAUGUUGCAUUAGUUUUGUUGUUAUUAUUCUGAAGAAACGUUGGCAAAUUAUAUAAAUAAAAAUCAAAGUAG